AUGGAAGAAGCUCAGCUUCGAUUCGGAGCUCUAAACUCUGCAGAUGUCAAAUUGUGGUUGACGGGCCCAAGUGACGAAAAAUACGAAAGAAAUCCAAUUUAUCUACAUUCUGCGAUUCUGAAAAGAUCAGAGUUUCUUGAAGCCAUGAUGUCCGAGCGCUGGUCAUCGGGUAAAUCAACUGAACUAAGCGUAACUACUAUUCAUAGCUUUGAUGAGUAUUUAAAAUGCCUCGAACUCAUGUAUUGCGACCAUGUGUAUUUCUCCAAUGUUGAGGAAUGCCUGGCUAUUCUGACAAUUGCUUCUGACUUGUUGGCUAAUGACCUCAUCAACAAAUGCAUGCAAUAUUUGCAAGGAGUUCAUUGGAGUGCUGCGCAAGAAACCCAAAUUGGAGAUGUGAUCUCUUGUCUGGGAUUGAAACCUUUACCAGAUCUAGCUGCAAGGCUCGAGAAAGAGGACGCGAACCAUUUAAUAUAUGUGGAAAGAAUUAUCAAACACAUGGUCUCUCAUCUUCAAGUUAGAAAGGACGUCAGAAUGGAAAAAAUUGCAGAGGAAUAUAUAGGGGGCAUGUUGGAGGGAAAUACACCUCGGGAUGUUGUGGAAUUAUGUAGGCGUGAGAUUUUGCUAGGGUUCAAAUCAUCCAUCCAUUCUCAAGAUUUGUCAGCUAUAAGCUCGCUCUCCAAAUUUAUCGAAGGUUUUGACGGAGACAUACUCAAAGCUGCAUGCAUCGCUUUAGUAGAAGAUGUAGAAUUUGCAGUGUAUGUGAAGGGGCUACUAGUGUCUGAGAGAUACCUAUUGUCUGUCAGAAAAUGUUUGAGAGUGUUGGACACUAUAAUCUGGUUUAUGAACGCCAUCGGAGACGGAAAGAUUAUAAUUUCAAGAGCUUCUCGAAAUUCUUUCCUCACAAUUUGGUUACCAAUUAUGAGAGAUUUGUGUCUCGAGAGAGUUGAGAUGCGUGGUAUGGUUGAUAAGGCAGUGCUUAAUGUUGUUAAAGGCUUACCUCUGGCGGACAAGAUACGCAUUUGCGUAGAAUGGAUAGAGCUUUACACCAAAUAUGACAUAGACAUCACCACGCCAUUAACUUUGUUUAAAGAUCUCCAAGAUGCCCAUUACAAAUCGCCAUCAACGUAG